AAUAAAAUUCUCGGAUUGGACAGUAAACAAGAAGCGUCCAGAUGACAGAGUGAGGUUUAUGUGGAUCCUGCUUGUGGGCCGACACGGAGAAGGAAGGACACGCGCAGCACGACGCUGUUUCAGGGCGUUGAUGUUCGGACGGCAAAGUGGGAGACACCAUCAUCAUCCAGCGCUCACUGGGGAAAAGGAAAGGAGGCUGCACUGAAUUCUGUGUCUAAGAGAGGAGAGGAAAAGCACAAUAAAGCAUACAGAGGACUGCGGAAAGUCUGCCAAAUCUGAGAGCAUCAUCCUCCGCUGCUCAGCCUUCAUAGAUUAUGGUGGACAUUUCAAAUCUCCCUUUCCACGACCACCCAGGAGAAGCGGUGGAGGAUUAAAUCACAUGCUCCGUCACGAGUGAUAACAAACCAAACCUGCUGAAGCCUCAUUCUCCGGUGCUCGAGACACCCUUGAAUCCUUUCUGGGAGCAACAUAGACGUUCCUCAGUCCUUUCCUUAUCUCGCUCAUAGGAAGUGCACAGAUAAAAGUCAGAAACAGUUCAUGUUUUUCAAGUGAGGGCAGAAAAAAAGAAGAAGAAAAAAGCCAGCCACGGCCCACCGGAGGGUGUCAGAAAAGCUUUCGGGGAACGUCAAAUUGGAAGACAAGAUUGCUGCAGUGGCGGAGGUGAUGGGUAACAAGAACGCCACCCCGCCGAAAGAUCCCGACACUGGGACAACGCAGUUCAUCGACAGUGCCACAGGAAGUGUCUCCAGAGAUGAACGGCCGGGCCCCAGCCCAGAGCUGCUGGCCUCCCUGCAGUCCCUCAGAGAAAACAGUGACUACACACUGCUGCCACACUCCCUGCACCAGAUCGCAGAGGCCUACUCGCUCAAAGAGGACUACCAGUGGGCCAUCCAGUUCCUCCAGCUGGAGAAGCUCUACCACCAACGUCUGCUCUCCAACCUCGCCGCCCUGCAGGAUAACUGGGAGAGCCAGUGGAAAGAGAGGAAGAACGACGAAAGCAGUUUGCCCGCUGAGAAGGACGGCAUCAGUCAGAAACACAUCGAGACCCUGAGCCAGAUCUGCAGGACACACCUCAGACCAUCCGUCAGCGUGGAACAGAACAACCAGAAUGCAACGCUGACAGACACUCCGAGCACGAAUGAGACAUUACAAGCCUGUCCUGACAAAGUCAACAAGCCUGAAACAACACAGCGAGAUGAGGAACGAGAGCAAAGCAUGAACUCGGAGUCAGAGCUUCCCUUAGCACAGACAGGCCCUCAGGAGGAACGGGAGGAGGAGGAAAGAGAAGAAGAAGAACAAACGUAUGAGGAAGGACAGGAAGUAGAAGAAGAAGAGGAGGAGGAGGAGGAGGAGGAGGAGCCGUGUGAGGAGACGCCAGAGGAGGAGGUGAAGGUGGAGUGGCCAACAGGAGUCCCCCAGGCUUCAGACAAGGACCUGGCCAAGCUGUCCCACACAGAGGGGAGUUCCUCCUCAGAGGGUCUGGUCUCCAUUCUGAAGAGGAGGAGAGCGUCGCUGGACGGAUUGCCUCCCCCAGGCGACAUUGUUACUAAACAGAACUCCAAACGCAAAGUCCGCUUCAGUGAGCCAGAGGACGGCGUUGAACAAGAUGAGGUGGGUGGAGACUCCUGCCUGAUCCUGCUGCUGCUGUGUCUGGUUACCGUGGUGAUCAGCAUAGGCGGGACCGCCCUCUACUGCACUCUGGUGGACACCUACUCCAACAUUUGCGUCGACUUCACUCACAACGUCGACUUCUACGUCGUGAGCGUACGGAGGUUCUUUGAAGGGCUCGGACACUGGCUGCCCCUCCGGACUUAAGACGCUUUCAGCUGCAAUCCAGACACUUGUUCUGUAAUGGAGUAAAAUAGAGAGUUCCUGAGCUACAGCUUGGCGUCAACGUGACAGGUACAGGAUGUACAUGCAUCAAUCUGAUGCUACCAUCCAGUGUUUAAAAGCUUUGAUUUCACCUCCGGCGACUGGACUUGUGUCUAAGGCGUAUGAAUUGGAGCUAUCAGCCUUAGGUUCCUGUAUGGAACGGACGGGUGCUCAAAGCAACAUCGAAACAGAAAAAAAAACUGUCACAAGUACGUAUGUUGUGGGAUCCGAGUUUAAAAACCUCCCGUUUGCUACUGUUUUGUGUGGCUACUUCAUCUUAAGCUGAACCGUACAGAUACCACACAAGAGGGCUCACAACUCUUAACAAGAUUUAUAUUUAACAGGAGAAGUUUGUGUCGAAGUGUUUCCCUUACAUUUGUAGCUGCCGUAGCUGUGUACACUUUGGUCUUUAGUUCCAGAAGCUUUUAUAUUUUGACUUAUACAAGAAGUCUUCAAGUGCUCAUAUUAUGCUUUUUGGCUUUUCCCCUUUUCUUUAUUGUGUUAUAUAUCUUGUUUGUGCAUGUU